UUGACCAUGCGGAUCCCCAGUUCACGCAGUCUGCACUUUAGGUUCCGUGAAAUCACCGAAAAUCUUUUCAUUUGCCUUAAAGCAAGGAGUAUUUUUUUUUACAGACGGUGAUCGACACGGUGUGUGUGCCUUACACAGUUUUGACGGUUUUCAUAAGUUUCUCCCCAUUUUCUUAGUUCUCUGUGAGUCUCUGCAACUACGCAUCUGCUUACCAGGUCACUAGCAGGUCUAACUUCCAUUGGAUUGGUUCUACAAUAAGCUCCCGAAAUUAUUUUACUAAGAACAACCAAUGUAUCCUGGUGGGUAUACUGUUGAGGUAACUACACUGUCCCCUAGAGCAACGGAGAAAGAUGUGCGUGACUUCUUCUCGCAUUGUGGCGCAAUUGAACAUCUUGAAAUAAUCAGGACUGGUGAAUAUGGAUGUACUGCUUAUGUGACAUUUAAAGAUUCUUAUGCUUUGGAAACUGCUUCCUUACUCAGUGGAGCCACAAUUGUUGAUCAACGUGUGUGCAUCACUCGGUGGGGAUCUUAUGUUGAUGAAUAUGAUCCUUUUAGUGAUGCUUCAUGGAGAAGAGCAGAUAACUCCAGUGACUCGGCAUCUCAGAGCAGUCCAUUUGUUUCGACCCCUGGAGAAGCUGUAACAGUAGCCCAGGAAGUGGUCAUAACCAUGAUAGCCAAGGGUUACGAUUUAGGCAAGGAUGCGCUGACCAGGGCAAAAGCAUUUGACGAGUCUCACAAUAUGUCAGCCACUGCAGUUGCCAAAGUAGCUGAGCUGAGCAAUAAAAUUGGGCUUACACCAAAACUUUAUGCAGGUAUGGAAGUUGUCAAGUCUGUAGAUCAGAGGUAUAAUGUGUCUGAGACAACAAAAUCUGCUGCGUUCUUCACUGGAAGAACAGCGGCUUCUGCUGCCACUGCUGUUGUCAACAGCAGUUAUUUCUCAAAAGGAGCUCUUUGGGUAUCUGAUGCUCUCAGCCGAGCAGCCAAAGCAGCAGCUGACUUGGGUACACAAGCUGGUAGUAAAUAAACCUAUGUAAAAAUGUAUAUCAUCCCAUAUUGGAUUGAGGGACUGCUAGUCUAUCACUGAGAUUUGUGAAUUAUUUGUGAAUUGUGCAAAUCACAUCUCCAAAUAUCCCCCUCCCUAUUCACAUAUCUUAAUGAUUAACCUGUCAUAUUUUAUUAGGACGGCAAAAUAUUGUGCUUACUAUACUACUGCUUGAGUGUUAAACGCAGCAUUUCGGUGUAGCGGUCUUCCCAAUGAGCUUAUGCUUAAAACAGGUGUAGUUUGGUUUGUGUA